AUGGAGCAAAGGGAUUCUAACCUCAACUUGGAUAAUUACAACGAAAAACAAAUGGAGGAAGGAGAAUCUUCUAAUAGUUUUGCCAACCUAGAAGUUGAUUUAUCUCAAAGAUAUGUAGAAACAAUUCCUCUAACUCCUUUUGUCGGAGAUUGUGCUCCCUACAAAGAAUAUGACAGAAUUAUUUCUUUAAAUUUAUCAACUAAUCGUUUUAUUCAUUUUCCUUUACUUGUUUGUCAAUUUAAAAAUUUAAGAAGGUGUUUUUGUUUAUUAAAAUAUUUUUUAAAUUUUUUUCUUAGAUUAGAUAUUUCAAAUAAUCAACUGGCUUCUCUUCCAAAAGAUUUUUCUUCAUUAAAAUACUUAACCCAAUUAAGCCUUCGAAAUAAUCUUCUCGAAUGUUUACCUUUCGAAUUUCAACAAUUAAAAUUAUUAGAAGAAUUAAAUAUUUCUGGAAAUUUAUUAGAACAAUUUCCUUUUGAAUUAUUGCAAUUAAAACAAUUAAGAAUACUUUAUUUGGGCGGAAAUUUAAUUGAAUAUAUUCCAGCAGCUAUUGCUAAAUUAAAAAAGUUGGAAUUUUUAAAUAAAAUUUUCUUUGGUAAUAUCUUUAGAGCUGUCCUAAGAAGAAAAUUUUUUCAAGAGUCAAGAUCAAAAAAAGAAAAUUUUGAGUCAAAACUUAAGACCAAGAAGUCUUGGACAGCUCUACUAUUCCGUCUCAAAAUUUUGUAUGUUGGUGGUAACCGUUUAAUUGCAGUUCCAGAUUCUAUUGGUGCUCUUUCUGAAUUAACUUCUUUGGGGUUGGCUGAUAAUCGUUUGGAAAGUAUUCCGACAAGUAUUGCAAAUUUACAUAAAUUAACAACAUUAUCUUUGCAUAAUAAUAAAAUAAAGGUUUUGCCCCCAGGCAUUGCUCGUCUCAAAAAUUUGGAACAAUUAAGUCUUCGAAAUAAUCCUUUAGUUACUGAUUUUGUUAAUGAAAUUUUAUUAGAACCGCCAACAUUAAAAGAAUUAGCAGCGAGAAUUGUUAAAAUUCGUUUUUCAAUAAAUAUAUACAGAAAUUUAAUUCCUUUAGAAUUGGUUAAUUAUUUAAAUACUGCCAAUCAAUGUGUAAAUCCAAAAUGUAAAGGUGUUUACUUCGAAUCUUGUUCUGAAUUAGUCAAAUUUGUUGAUUUUUGUGGAAAAUAUAGAGUUCCCCUUCUUCAUUAUCUUUGUUCUUCAAAAUGUUCAACAAUAGAGCCAGCUUAUGCCUAUACUUCUUCCUCUUCAGCAGAAUCUGAUGAUGAUCAACGGCCAAUGUCUUCAACUUAUGCUAAAGAAAAGAUGAAAAAAGUUUUGUUGGGAUGA